AUGGCACAGGUGAAAAGAGCAGUCGACGAUAUUGAAGAGGCCGAAAAUCACAUCGAAGAAGAAGUAAAAGCUGAGCUCGAUAAAGCUGCUCAUAGUUUGAAGGAAUCUGCGAAGGAAAAACAAGAAGAAAUCGCUAGCGGUGUUGCAAAAAAUCUCGAGCCGUGCGCGUCGGUCGACUGCAACAACAGGGGAACGUGCAUUGGAACAAAGAACACCUUCAUAUGUGCCUGUCAGAUCGGUUAUUCCGGAAAACAUUGCGAAGAGACGGUAUGCGAUUCAGCGAGGGACUGCAAUGGUCGAGGAAUUUGCCUCGGCACCACCAAUCAGCUCACAUGCUUGUGCAAUCUAGGAUUCACCGGAAAGCGUUGCGAGACGCCGAUUUAG